AUAGAGCAGCAAGAAGUAGGAUGCCAUUGUACAAAACGGAGAGGACAGUGUGUCACUGACAUAAGAGAUCGAGAGGACCGAAAAGGAACCGGAGCCAUGGAAGAAGGGAGAGACGCGGAGGAGGCCAACGGCGAGAAUUCAGAGGAUGGGGGCAAUUCUAAUAGCAGCAGCAGAUGCAACGGCAGCGACAUCAUCUCCUUCCAGUUCAUGCAGAAGAUUCUUGCAGAGAUUUUGGGAACCUACUUCAUGAUCUUCGCCGGGUGCGGCUCCGUGGUGGUGAACCAGAGGACCGGCGGCACGGUGACGUUCCCUGGGAUCUGCAUCGUGUGGGGGCUUGUCGUCAUGGUCAUGGUCUACUCCGUCGGCCACGUCUCCGGUGCGCACUUCAACCCCGCCGUCACCAUCGCCUUCGCCACCUGCCGGCGCUUUCCAUGGAAGCAGGUUCCGUCCUAUGUCCUGGCACAGGUGCUGGGAUCCACGCUGGCGAGCCUAACGCUGCGCCUGACGUUCGGCGGCGGGCACGAACACUUCUUCGGGACGACGCCGUCUGGUUCUUACACGCAGGCGGUGGCGCUCGAGUUCAUCAUCUCCUUCUACCUCAUGUUCGUCGUCUCCGGAGUGGCCACAGACGACAGAGCAAUUGGUGAACUAGCCGGUCUCGCUGUCGGUGCCACCGUCGUGCUGAACGUGCUUUUUGCCGGGCCAAUCACGGGGGCGUCGAUGAACCCGGCGAGGAGCCUCGGGCCAGCGAUCGUCGCCGCUCGCUACGGCGGCCUGUGGGUGUACGUCGUCGGCCCUGUGUGCGGGACGGUGGCGGGCGCGUGGGCGUACAACCUCAUCCGGCUGCAGGACAAGCCCAUCACCAGGAGCUCCUUCCUCAACACCGCGUUAGGGUUAAAUUAGAAGGAAGAAAUGUGUUGUUAGUUAGAUUCGAAUGACCAAUAUUGCAUCCAUUUUAAGGGUUGUGUUUGAAUCACGUGCGUGUGACGUGUGAGCAAUGUUAUUUUUGUCAUACUUGCACACAAAAGUGGCCAUCUUUUAGUUGUCUCAGAUGAUCCUGAUUCUUGCCCAUCAACCCAUAUAGUACCUGUCCAUAAAAUGUUUUAGAUUUAUUAAAAUUUAGAUGACAAAUCCAAGAUAUCUUUUUAAAAAUAGAGGGAGUAGUAUACCCGGCCUUUUCUUGUUGGAAACAUACAUGCUACCGGGAGCACGCCGUGGACGCUGCUUCUUCUCCUAAGUGGAAAUGUUGCUGGAUGUCUACCGCCAUCUA